UGCUUCAUCGUUUUUGAUAGAUACUCAGCUUUGCUCGCGCGGCAGAGAAACCAGACGGAUCCGGGUCGGGUUUUCCCGCUUAAACAGGCUUAUUUUACUGUUCUAUUGGGCCUCUAUUUAAGCUUAGAUCUGCUAGAGAAUACUUGUUACACGUGACAGUAAAUUAUUGGUCGAAGCUUUGUGCAGAGGGCUAAUUAUACAGAAAAUCCCAUAUUAUUGGGCCUUAAUAUGAGCUUAUAUCUGCUAAAAAAUAUUGGUAACACGCUUGCAGUGACUUAUUGGUUGAAUCUUGGUGCAGAGGGAGUACUAGGUGAGGUUUUGGUUUUGAUAUUCUUGGGCGAUUUUCUCGAGAAAAAUGGAGACGUCUCUGAGGUAUUCGAAGUCUUUGAGAAUCCAUGCGAAGGAGAAGCUCCCUUUCAACUCCAGAACCCAUUUGCAGCUUCAUGGAGAGCUAGAUGCUGGAACUGGAGCCCCUAGUUACUUCUGUGCCAUGAUUAGACACCUUUUCCCCGAGGCUUUAACAGGGUUAGGAGUAGGAUUGUAUUAUGAUAAGCGCCACAAGCUUCGGUCUCAUGUACGCGGGAAAAAAGAGUUUCCUAUGGGAGCUAAUAAGCUUGUGACCUUUAAUGUUAAAGGGCGGUGUGAUUUUGAUCAAGACUUCAAUCAGAAGAAUCCUAUAGGAGCUGCAGAAUUUUCCUGGAACAAAAUGAACUUUAAGGAAGAUCAGGAUGUACGAAUCAAAGUUGGCUACGAAAUGUUUAAUAAGGUUCCUUAUAUGCAGAUUAGAGAAAACAAUUGGACUCUUAACGCCAACAUGAAGGGAAAAUGGAAUUUGAGGUUUGACCUGUGACUGCAUUUUUAUUCUUCUGAGAAAUGUAUUAGUACUACACUUGGAGUAUAAACACACUUUGAUUCUUCCAAUUAAUCAAAUUCAUUGAUCUUACAAAUUA